AUGUUCAGAAACAACUACGACAACGACUCCGUCACAUUCUCCCCGCAAGGGCGGAUAUUCCAAGUCGAGUAUGCAGCAGAGGCAGUCAAGCAAGGAUCAGUGGUCGUAGGGAUCGCGAGCAAGACACAUGCCGUGCUGGUAGCAAUCAAGCGCAACGCCGAAGAACUCUCAUCCUACCAAAAGAAGCUCUUCCCCAUCGACGAGCAUGUCGGCAUCGCCAUCGCGGGGCUCACGUCGGACGCGCGGGUGCUCUCCAACUUCAUGAAGCAGCAGUGCCUGGGCCAUCGGCUCACGUACGGGCGCAACAUGCCGGUGCGGACGCUGGUCGACAUGAUCGGCUCCAAGGCGCAGGUCAACACACAGCACUACGGCAAGCGGCCCUACGGCGUCGGCCUGCUGGUGGCGGGCGUCGACGAGCAGGGCCCGCACUUGUUCGAGUUCCAGCCGAGCGGCAUGACCGAGGAAAUGGUGGCGUUCGCGAUCGGCGCCCGAUCCCAGAUGGCGCGCACCUACCUGGAGAAGAACAUCGACAAGUUUGCCGACUGCGACCGCGAGGAGCUGAUCCGCCACGGCCUGCGCGCCCUCAAGGAGAGCCUGGUACAGGACCGCGAGCUGACGGUGGACAACACGAGCGUUGGUGUCUCGGGCAUCGUGAAGGCGGACGACGGCAGCAUCAAGAUCGAGCCCUUCCGGGUGUACGAUGGCCAAGAGGUGGUGGCGUGGAUAGAGAGCGUGGCGGAUGACAAAGAGGGCGGUGCGGAGGGAGGGGCGGCCGCGGCCGAGGGUGAGAGCAUGGAAGUCGAUUCAUAA